GCCCCCGAUCCAUAUAAAAGGAGAGCGAGCUCGCACGACUCAGGGUUCGCAAGUCCAGCCGCCGGCGAAGUGAGCGUCGACGAAGGCGAAUAUGGUGUCUGGGUCGGGCCUGUGCACGGGGCGGGUGGUGGUCGAUGCCCGACACCACAUGCUGGGUCGGUUGGCGUCGAUCCUGGCGAAGGAGCUGCUCAAUGGGCAGCGUGUCGUCGUCGUUCGCUGCGAGGAGAUCUGCCUCUCCGGUGGUCUAGUCCGCCAGAAGAUGAAGUAUCUCCGUUUCCUCCGCAAGCGCAUGAAUACCAAGCCGUCCCACGGCCCUAUCCACUUCCGCGCCCCUUCCAAGAUCCUCUGGCGUACCAUACGCGGGAUGAUUCCCCAUAAAACCAAGCGCGGUGCUGCUGCACUGGCAAGGCUCAAGGCCUAUGAAGGGGUGCCGCCGCCAUACGACAAGAAGAAGAGAAAGGUUGUUCCGGACGCCCUCAAGGUGUUGAGGCUUCGACCUGGACAUAGGUAUUGCUUGCUUGGUCAUCUCUCAUCAGAGGUUGGAUGGAAUCACUACGACACUAUUAAGGAAUUAGAGGAGAAGAGGAAAGAAAGGGCCAAGGUGUCUUAUGAGAGGCGAAAGCAGCUUCAGAAGCUUCGUGCCAAGGCAGAGAAGGCAACCGACAACGACGAGGAGCUUGGUUCUCAGCUUAACAUCCUUGCUCCAUUGAAGUAUUGAGUUGUAUUUGAUCGUCUUCACUUAAUUUGUCAUCCUCAGUUGGAUAAUUCGGAGUUUGUUUGCCAUUUUUGUUUAUUCGGACUAGUGUUAUGGGUGUGUUUCUAUAACUUUGUAAUGCAAUAUUAAAUGAUUUUGGAAUUUAUAAAAUAAGGAAAUUACCAGAUUUAUAACAA